GAAGGCAUAUUCUUCCACAAAAACCACCCCAUCCACUUCAUCGCCGUAGCAGGCCUCAUCACCGCGCGCACCGAGUACCCGCGCGUGACCGUGCUCACCCUCGACGACAGCAGCGGCGCCGUCCUCGACGUCGUCGUGCAGAAAGCCGAUGGCCCCGCGGAAGCAUCCGGCCCAGCAUCCACCUCCCCAGACCCAACCACAGCACGCGCAAGCGCAAGCGCACCGCAACACAUCUCCCCAACAACCGCCCUCCCGCUCGACAUCCACCCCCUCAUCCCCGGCGCCCUCGCGCACCUGAAAGGCACGCUCUCGACCUACCGCCACAACAGAAUGCAGCUGCAGCUCGAGCGGUGCUCCCUGCUGCGCGGCGGCGUCAACGCGGAGAUGCGGUUUCUCGAUCGGCGGAAUCGGUUCCGGGUCGAGGUGCUGGAUGCGCCGUGGGUGCUGGCGCCGGAAGAGCUGGCGCGGUUGCGGUGCGAGGCGGAUACUGAAGAGGAGCGCGGCGAGGCGGAGGUGGCGAGAUGUCGGCGGCGGGGGAGGCGGCGGGUCGAGAGGGAGGAGCGCGACUGCCGGAAAAUUUGGGGGCGGUGGGAGGUCGAGGAGGGGAGGAGGGAGAGGGAGGCGGCUGUCGUGCGGGAGGCCGGGGUGGAGUUGAUGCGGGUGCUGGGGAGGAGGGGGGGUGAAGAGGGGGACUGA